AUGCAACAUGUGCUUAUUCUUGAUGAUGAUCAAAAAUAUUUAAAAUUACUUGAAUUACUUGGUAUAUAUCAACCACAAGGUUCUGUUCUUGUAUUUGUUGAUAAACAAGAACAUUGUGAUGAAUUAAUGAAAAAUUUAAUGAGAAAUUCAUAUCCAUGUAUGUCACUACAUGGUGGUAUUGAUCAAUAUGAUCGUGAUUCAACAAUAAUUGAUUUUAAAAGUGGUGAUAUGUCAUUAAUGAUUGCAACAUCAGUUGCUGCACGUGGUUUAGAUGUUAAAGAUUUAAUUCUUGUUGUUAAUUAUGAUUGUCCAAAUCAUUAUGAAUAUUAUGUACAUCGUUGUGGACGAACAGGUCGUGCAGGAAAAAUUGGUUAUGCAUAUACAUUUUUAACACCAGCACAAGAACGAUAUUCUGGUGAUAUAAUACGUGCAUUAGAAACAUCAGCUAUGGGUAAAAAAGUUGAAACUGGUGGUGGUUUUAGUGGACAUGGUUAUAAAUUUGAUUCAUCUGAAACACAAUUAAAAGAUGAACAAAAAAAAAUACAAAAAGUUGUUAUGGGUUUAGGAGAUUCGGAUGAAGAUGAAGAAAGUCAAGAUAUCGAUCAACAAAUUCAAUCAUUAUUUAAAAGUAAAAAAUCAAUUAAAGCUAAAGGUGAUACACCAGUCUUACCAAAUGCAUCAACUACUCAAAAUGAAGAAGUUAGUGAUACAGCUACUAUCAAUGACACAGCAUCAAAAUUAGAAUUAGCUAAAAAAGCAGCUGCUCGGCUUACAUUUACUAAAUCCGAAACUCGAGAUUCUAUACAAGAAGCAACAACUUCAUUAUUUCAACGUGGUGGUACAUUAAAUCAAGCCGUAUCUGUGAGAUUUAAAGCUGAAAAAGAAUCUGAUUUAGAUCAAACUAUAUCAAGUAAAAAAGAAAAUGUUAAUGCAAUUGACGAAAUAACAAAUGCAUUUACAUCAUCAACAGUUCGUUAUCUUGAUGGUCUACAUUAUUAUCCAAAUAUCUUCCAGAUGCACUAA